AUAGCAUCUCUCUUCUUUCAUUUAUUCCUCCAGCCCAAGUACCCAACCACUUUCCUCUUCUUCUCUCAACCAAAAAGCUCCUUCCUACCACCAAUGUCCCUUCUCCUCUUCAUCCCUUCUCCUUUAAAAAUCCCGAAAAUCAUAACUUUUCUCUCUCCUAUCUAAACCACUCAACCAAAAAACAAAGAAAAAAAAAUACUUCAUGGAGGGAAUAUCAGCUAAUGUGUACAAAGGCAUAAGAAGCUAUUGGAAAAGAAGGGGAUAUAAGAAGCUCAAUAAAAAUAACAGAAAUAACAAUGUCCCGACUGAGGCGGGUCAAACCAUAUCGGACCUGGACCCGAACCCAGUUCGUGGGAGACGGAGGCGGUUCUUUCGGGUUAAAAUAAAUCGGAGGAUGCGGAUCUGGAGGCGGGUAGUUGGCAUGCCUAAGAAGUGGCUGAUCCGUUUAAGGGAUGCCUAUGUCAACAUGAUGCUUAACUUGUCUAACUCCGGGUUUAUGGUUGCGGGUGGCGCAACCGGGUUCGGAAGGUCCGUUGAAUAUGGUUACGGAUCAGGAACUUGUAGGACCCAACUUAAGGAGUACGAUGAGAAGAUGAUUGUUGAGAUUUAUAAGUCUUUAAUGAUUGCUCAAGGACAAAUUGGAGGUGCUACAAAAGGUAACGCUGAACAUGUUAAGAAUACUGAUCCAGACAAAAUUACCAUUUCUGCGCGAGUUUCUCAAUUGCGGUCGGCACCCCGAAUGAUUCAUUGAAUUACCAAUUACAAACUUCUACUUUUAUUCCAAAAUACUCCCUUUGCCUUUCUCUUUUUUUUUAUCACUUGGAAUCUUAACACUAUUCCUACUAGUCUUCUAUGCACGCGAUGCGUGUGUAGAUUGUUUGGGUCUGUUCUUAAUAAAUUCCAUCUAAAUAUAAUUUUAAAAGUGUGAUUUAUAAUUAUUA